CACGACUGGCAAAAUGCCGUGGUGUGGAUCAACAACCCCGCCCUGGCUUCUCCCAAGCCCGUUACGAUGGAGACGUUUACGUCGGAGGAGUCCUACGACAAACUUACCACCGGGCUGGAAAAGUUCUUCAAUGGCACCAGCCCCAAGCUCACGAGCACACGAAUUUUGGGCCCGGUGUUUUUAAGGCCGGCAACUGACCCGGGAGUGUUUCAAGAUCUCGUCAUGUGGGACCGACUGCCUGCCCCAGCGCAGACGGCGCUCAACGGACCAGACAUCGGGCGAGUCUCGUUCAACGACGACAGAUUUCAGAAGAAGCUCAAGGAGGCGUGGCCGUUCUGA